CUCGAGCCCACACUCUCCCCUGCGCUCUUCGUCACCCACAUACCAGGAGGCGACUGAAGCUCACGUCGACGUCGAAGGCGGCGGCAACAGCCACGCAGGUCAGUUUGGUGUUGUAGACAAAGUUUCGGUAGGCAGGCAGAUCAAGCCCGAGUUCUCGAAUGAUUUGAUUCUUUUUGCGCGAAGAUGCCAGAAUCUGAAAGACAUGCGUCUGAUCCUCACCAAGAAUUUAGCAUGUUGGAUGAGAUUGUGACACAAACCCAGCGCUAUUCAGAACUUCUCCAUGAUGAACUACCUACGAAAUCUACUGCUGAUGAAGCUGCCCUAACAGAAGAAGAAAAGUGGGAAAGAGAGCAAACCAGGCUUGUUCCAUUAAUGACUGGUGUAAAGCUGAAGCCUUACCAGAUAAAGGGUAUCAAGUGGCUAAUAUCUAUGUGGCAGAAUGGGUUAAAUGCGAUACUAGAGGAUCCAAUGGAAUUUGGGGCAGUAAUCCAGACACUUGGGUUUCUUGCUCAUCUCAAAGGGAAUGGUCUGCAUGGUCCAUACAUGAUAGUUUUGUCCCAGGACGGUGAUGCUAUCCCUAACUGGUUGAAAGGAAUAAGACAUUUUCCCACUAUGAAGACACUGAAUUAUUUUAGAAAUGAAAAGACUUGGACAGUGCAGAGGAAAGAGUUCAUGAACGGAACUGUUGGCCCUGAUUUUCCAAUCAUAUUGACUACAUAUUCUAUGGUCGUGUCGGAUAAAGAAUGGUUUGCUCAUUAUAAGUGGAAAUAUGUUGUUCUGGAUGAGAGUCAUAAGAUGAUGCAAUGGGAACGCAAAUUGUUGGAGCUGUUAAAACCCCAGCCAAUGGGUACUAAUAAGCUGCUUUUGUUAAGGUCUGUUCGUAUGAUGAAGAGCAUGGCAGAGGUGACUUGGUACUCGGCCAGGAAAAAAACAGAGCCGCAGUCUCUAUUGAAGUUUGCUUUGCCCUAUGAGUUCUCAUCUCAUGAAGAGUUUGAUUCAUGGUUUGAUUUUGGGGAUAAGAAAGACAACGACCAACGAACUUUUGAGGAAAGACAGGCCCAUCUUUCAAAGCUUCAUGCCAUUUUGCGUCCAUUCAUUCUAAGGCAGAUGGAGGAUGUAGAAAACAAGGUUCCCCAAAAGAAAAGUGCCACAUGUGACACGUCCAAAGUUGUUCAGCACUGGAAUGCAAUUGGGGUCACAUGCUCUAAAAAACAUGCAACAAAAGAAGCUACAAGGGCUGGUGCUGAGAGUUGUCAAGCGUUAGUAGCAAAGGUUCCCAAAAAGAAGGGUGCCACACGCGCAGAUGCGCUUAGCGUCACACGCUCCAGAGACCAUGUAGCAAUAGAAGGUGCAAACACUGGUGCUAAGAGUUGUCAAGCGGUGGCAGCAGAGGUUCCCCAAAAUAAAGGUGCCACAUGCUCAGAUUGGAUUAUCGCCACUCGCUCCAAGGACCAUGCAGCUAUAGAAGGCACAAGGACUGCUGCUGAGGGUUGUCAAGAGUUAGCAGCAGAGGUUAUGUCUGAAACUGGUGGUGAAAGUAGUUCUAACAUGCGAUCCAGUCAACUGUCCCUGGAAGGCAAUAAGCUUGUUAAGAGGCAACGAACAAAUGAUGCGCUUAUUGGUCCUCUUGAUGAAAGCAAUCCAGCUGUGCACGUGCAAGUGCGAAAGUCAACUUCCUCUGAGUUAAUCUUCAAGACACUCAAAGAGAUACCUGGCUUAGCCCGUGCUGAUAUUCUAAGAGCAUACAGUACUCUUAUCCGUGAUGAUCGCCUGUUUGAAUCUCUUAUAGCACUCCCAAUGGACAUGAGGAAGGAUUGGUUGCUCAUGGAGAUAGCAAACAAGUAAGGCUUGCUUAUUAUUGCUCCAGCAGCAUGACUGGAUUUACUUGUUUAGAUGUUGCCUGAUGGAGUGAACUAAUGAGCCUGAUGACUCCCUCCGAGUAAUUAGCCUCACUCAUAUUGGAACUGUGUGAUAUCUGAUAUGUAUGGCGCUAUUCUGAUGUUAUUUACUAGUGUGGAGUCUGCUUAAUCCUCAACUGUAUUGUCAUUUACUUUUGGCUCUGGUGAACAUUUAAUAUGAGUUGUAAAUUAUCCUAGAAGUAUCCCCGGAUGCAUGAGUUUCUGCUCUGCUUAUUUGCUCCAGUUCGAUCUGUACUACCCCACCAUUGAGUAGUGAAACAAAUGAAUCGGUGGAUUAGUUGAUGUUAAUGUUUUACAAAAUCCAUGAACUUUGCAGAGUUUGUA